AAAUGAGCUCACCGGAGCCUGAGCAAAGAGCAAACUACGACGACGAUGUGGUUGAUGUAAUGUGUGCAUGUGCUGAAGCAAAAUAACUUUUCUUUCGUGGCGAGAACAGUGUUAAUUGCAGAGACGGGAGGUUAAACUACUGUUUUGUGUGAAAAUACAUUACGGCUUUCUUAAACAGCCAUGUGAAAUGAUUUACACGCCUCCAUCAUCAGCAUGGCCAGUGCAUUUGUUCCAGUGGAUUUAGACAAGCUGUUGGAUGAAUUUGAAGAAAAAGAACAAGAACCUGAGUUAGAACAGCCAGCUGCUUGUGUUGCCUCUGCUGCGGACAGGAAGCAGGCAGCAAGAUUGAGCUUUCAAGCAUCAUUCCCCAGUAUCCAGGAAGAGGUAUUGUCUGAUCAGGGAUCUGAUCAAAGUACGUUAGAUGUCAAGAAUGAUAGUGACAGUGACAGCAGUAGCAUAAAUGGAGUGAUACAAGCUGCUGAAGCUAUUACAAACCAAAGUGCUGAACAUCUUGUUGACGACGGAAACCUGGAAAGUCUUGUUGACAAGAAUGCUAUUGAUGAACUCAAAGAAAAUGGCGUAAAUGAGCCAGUUAGUUCUGAGCACUUUGAACUUGAUGAUGAAGAACAACUGAACCAUGAUCUUGGCUUACUUAAUGAAGAAUCUAAUGUGGUGACUUUGCAGUCUGAGGAGCAUGCAUUGGAUAGCCAGGAGGCUGACAGUAAUGAAAUUGAUAUUGCAGAAGUACAGAUCUGUAGGACAAGUGAGGAGGUUUCUUCACAUUCCACACCAGUUUCAAACAGUGCUACAGAUCAAGAAACACAAUUUGUGAGCAGGGAAGAAAAUGAAAAUGACUUAGAACGUUUAAGACUAGAUGAGAUUCCCCAGAAUGAAACUCCUGCAUUAGUUAAUUCAACUUUAGAGGUGGAAGAGACUCCCGAACAAGCUGUGAUUAGCAACAGGUCUCAGUAUCAAGACACUAGCAUUCAUGGCUAUGAGGUAAAUUCAACACUGCUAGACCAGUCGCACACUGUUAGUUAUGACCAACCUGGAUCAUCCAUUGUUGCGAUGGCUGGAGAUGGUGAAACUAAUUAUUUGGGGCUUAAUGAAGCCCCUAACGCAGAAGCGCAAGAUUUCUAUGAGCAGAAUGAACCUGGGGGUGAACAUGUUUUUGUUGAUGAUGAAUCCAGUUUAAGAGACUCUGAAAAUGGUAUAGAACAAGAUAGCUUUAAUACAGAUAAUGAACAGCCCUCAGUUGGAUCAGAGGAACGUACAGAGUCACCUGUUUUAACCAUGACAAUGCAGUCUCACGCAUCAUUAGAAGCUCGACGGAUUAGUUCAGGAGAAUCAUGCCUUGGCAAAGUGCCACCCAUUUGGGUUCCAGACUCUGUAGCUACGCACUGUAUGAACUGUGGGGUGAAGUUUAGUGUUAUUAAGAGACGACACCACUGCAGAGCUUGCGGAAAGGCCCUUUGCUCAUCCUGCUGCAACAUGAAGUUCUUGUUACCAUACAUGGAUAACAAGGAAGGUCGUGUUUGCCAAGUUUGCUGUAAUGCUCUGUUGAGAGCCCAGACAUUAUUGGAAGUGGCAGAAAACCAAGAUAAUGUGCACCUUGCAAGUGAUUUUGGCAGUCUGCCACAAGACUCACAUGAUGUACUCUUGGAAGAUGUUUUGGAGGAAGAUGAAGAGUUGCUAGAUGACCAGCAGGAAAUUGGAGCAGGUGCAGAGGCUAUUGGAGAUGAUACAACAGAUUUGGACUUGUCUGCAACAGGAGUGGGCGUCACAAUGGAACAGACACCGCCAGUUCUUCCCCCAUUACAAAUUCCUGUAGCUCCACUCACAGACGCAACAGGGACGCCAUUAUCCACUCCAGCAUCACCAGCUCUCUCAGAUGACAGUGAUUGUCUGUUUCGAUUAGAUGUUGAUAAUGUGCGAUCGUUGUUGCCUCUAGAUAUCACUGCACUCCCUCCACUAUUGAAAGUUGUAAAUGAAGAGAUAUCUAUUCAGGAGAGGCCUGAUCCUGCAGAAAUUAUGUAUCAGAUAAAAGGUCUCCAUGAAACUGUUGUAUUUUUACUCAAUAAAAACUUGGUAGUCAAAGUUAGCAUAGUGAAAUUAAACUGUUGUGUAAAACGGAAGUGCUGGUGUUUUGUGACAGAAGGAAUGGGAGCUGCAAACCAAGAGGAAAUGGUGGUUUUGUUGGAGUGUCUUCGUAAAGAGGCAAUGCUUCCCAAAGAUGUCCUCUCACACUUUAACACAGCUUUUGCAUAUGCCAAGCAAGGUCACACAGUGUCAGAACUUGGUUACACUAUUUUUGGUCAGCCCUUUCUUGGCAGUGGUGACAAUGCAGGUUUCCUUUAUGUGAAGCCAUCAUUUCAGUGUCUCAAGAACAUCCCUGUGCCGUCAACACCUUAUGUUGUAGGGUUACUGAUAAAACGUCUGGAGACACCUUGGGCUCAACUGUUUCCUUUGAGACUUCAGCUAAGACUUGGGGCAGAGUUCAGAUAUUACCCCUGUCCGCUGUUCAGUUCAAGGAACAGAUCAUCAGUGUAUGCAGAAGUUGGACACACAAUCAUGAACCUGUUAGCGGAUUUUAAAAACUUCCAGUAUACAUUACCAAGGGUAACAGGACUUGUGAUACACAUGGAAGAAAAAAAGACUUUAGUCAGAUUGCCACAAGACAGAUAUGAUGAGGUAGUGAAGAUUCUUAAUGCGACAGAUGAACACGUUAUGGCCCUGGGAGCUAACUUCAGUUUACAGGCAGACUCACACUUGGUCUGUAUGCAGAAUGAACAGGGCUACAAAACUCAAGCAAUUAACAUACAGAAUCAAGCUAGGAAAGUGACUGGAGCAAGCUUUAUUGUAUUCAGCGGAGCACUUAAGCCCAGCAGUCCAUUCAUGGCCAAAGUCAACAUUGUAGAAGAUGGUAUUAUGGUACAGUUAAUGCCAGAAGUGAUUGACAAGCUACGCCAUGCUUUGAAGGAGAUGCAGGACUAUACCAUUACCACAGGGAUCCCAGGUGGGGGAGGUGAAGAGCUGGUCAUUGUAGAGUGGGUCAGUCGUCACAACAACCCACAACAAACCAGUUUGUGCAGUCCAGUGGAUGGCCUACAGCUUGACUCUUUUCCCAGUGUGAAAGUUCACAGUGGCUGUGACUUUACUCGCAAGAAUAUAUUCAGAAUACAGUGGACAGAGGUGUUCUUCUUAGGUGAAGGCCAACAGAGUGCAUCACGGGAUCUCAAUAAACUGACUGGAGAGCUUGCCAAAGCAUUUUGUCAAACACUUAUGCCGCACUUGUCCAAACUUAGUUCAGACGGCUUCAGCUUCAUUGGGUUGAGGGUGAAUUUGGAUCCUGAUAGUGUUGGCUAUUUUACAGGAAGUAACCAACAGAACUUGCCUGCCAGCAUUAUGUCAGAUCUUGAUGAUGUCUUAGUCCCUGUUAUUCACUCUGCGGCAAAUAACCAGAGAGUCCGUUCUCUUAGUGUAGAAUUGUUGUUUAAAGUUUUGAGGCUUCUUUGACAGACACAACUACAUAAUACCUCUCCUACUCUGAGGUACUGUAACUGCAUGCAA